CUCUGCCAGCAUAUUUAUAAUGUGAAAUCUUUUGCCAAUGGUAGGAAAUUUACGUAUUAUUUAAUCAAAGAAAUUAAGAACGACAUAGAGACAUUUAUACUUUGUAAGUAUACUUUAGGAUUUGUGAAACAUCGCCCGUAACUGAACGUCUGAAAAACAUACAGAUAAAACAUAAAAACAUUCCAAGUAAUUAUAAAACACACUAUGUAGUUCGAAAGAUGAACGAUACAUAAAACGGUGUUAGUGUAAACAACUGUUUUUAUUACAUAAGUGAUGAUUCCAGUGCUCUUCAAUGCUGUUUCGGUAGCAGUAGCAACGGAAAAAGAGAACGUUUCGGCCCCUGUCGGUAAAAGCAUUCCCAUUCAUUGCGUCAUCGCUCCGCGACCUAUGAGGCGGAAGAAGCUCUUCGUGUUUGGGAAGAUUGGAGAGGGCAUAUGCUACAUUUUAAAUAACAUUUUAUUUUUGAAAGACUCAUUUCUUGUCGAAAACAAGUUUCGCCACAGUUGUAUUACACAGGAGCCAAGAUAACAUCAAAAACAAAACUGCAAAAAGGAGAAAUUGGAGGUUGCUUUUGAUAUCUUGGUAAGCACAUCAGCAGCAUGUGAAUGUGAUGCGCCAUGCCAAUAGUAGACAAAUUGAAGGAGGCAUUGAAGCCUGGACGGAAGGAUUCUGCAGAUGAUGGUGAUCUUGGUAAACUCCUGGCUGCCUCUGCCAAAAAGGUGCUGCUACAGAAGAUUGAAUUUGAGCCUGCCAGUAAGACCUUUUCAUAUCAGUUGGAAUCACUGAAAAGCAAGUAUGUUCUCUUAAGUACGAAGCCUGAAGGAGCAGUGUCACAAAGGCCAUUUGAUGGACCUUCCUCGAAAAAGCAGGGUAGCGAUGGUGCCAUAAGAAAUGGAAAUGAUGGAAUUCCUGCAGCACAGAAAAUUUUAUUUCUUGAAGAGCGUCUUGUGAUGAAAUGGGAGAGGGUGUACCGUGUGGGGUCUGGUCUCCAUAACUUGGGCAACACUUGCUUUCUGAAUGCAACAGUUCAGUGCCUAACAUAUACACCUCCGCUAGCCAACUACCUUUUGUCCAGGGAACACACCAGAAUGUUUAUAACUACAGCAAGGUUGGACCGACAGAGUCAGACUACAACCCUGGUUCAUCAGAUUUUUGGAGGUUAUCUCAGGUCAAGAGUGAAGUGCUCGAUAUGUAAAACUGUUUCUGACACCUAUGACCCAUACCUGGACAUUGCACUUGAAAUCAGGCAAGCUUCCAACAUCGUCCGAGCUCUUGAAUUAUUUGUGAAACCAGAUUUUCUCUGUGGAGAAAAUGCCUACAUGUGUGCGAGGUGUAAAAAGAAAGUUCCUGCAACCAAGCGUUUCACCAUCCAUCGUGCCUCCAACGUGCUGACAUUGUCUCUCAAACGAUUUGCCAACUACAGUGGUGGCAAGAUUACAAAGGAUGUGGGAUAUCCUGAAAUCCUGAACAUUCGGCCCUAUAUGUCUCAGAACUCAGGUGAUAGUGUAAUAUAUGGACUUUAUGCUGUUUUGGUGCACUCUGGGUACAGCUGCCAUGCUGGGCAUUAUUACUGCUAUGUCAAGGCCAGCAAUGGGCAGUGGUACCAGAUGAAUGACUCCUUGGUACAUGCUAGCAAUGUCAAGGUGGUGCUAAAUCAGCAGGCCUACAUGCUGUUCUACUUAAGGAUGUCAGAUUCCAAGAGGAACUUAGAAGGUUCAUCCUGUAAGCAGGGCACAUCCCAGGCUAUUAAAACUGGGCCUGUUCAGGAGAUGCAGAAGAAGCUAAUACCCAAUGGUCAACUUAUGUCUCCCCAAAUUGGAAAGAAGCUGGAAUCACCACAGCUAAAAAAGCUGCAAACUGAUGAUGAAAUCGGCAUUCCUGUUUCCAGGAUAGUUACUCCUCAUUCUCCCAAGCUAGUAGCAAAUGGUAAUCAACUGCCUAGACAGUCUAUGACAUCACCAGUGCUCCCUACCAAACCACUUCUGUCAUCAGACCCUGCUGACCAGACUGUCACAAAGGCAAAAACGCCAGUGCAUACGAUGCGGUCAAAAGUUGCUCAGGGUUUUACCGUUAGUAGUUCUGUUGGUGCUAAGCCUGAGAUUGGAAAAUCUGCUUCUUGGGAGGGUAAUGACUUUGUUGCGUCUACCUCAUCUAAGACCCUGCUUGAAUGUACUGCCACUGGGCAGGACCAAAGACGAGGACCUGACAGUGAAACUGGACAUCUAAGGAAAGAACUUGGCAGCCCACUUGGAGGCAGAAAGGGCAGUAUUGACAGUGGCCUUCAGACUUUAAGGGGUUCUAGUGACUCUUCAACAGAAUCUGAAUCAGAACCACCACUUUCUGCAAGUAAAAAGGUAGAAAGGUGCAAGACAGAUGAACUGAAAAUGGUUAAAUUAAAAAAUCAGGUCCUUUCGAAUAUCAUAUCAGAGUCUCCAAGCACUAUGUCACCGCCUCCAGCCAAGAAGCUAGCGCUGUCUGCAAAGAAGGCCAGCGAACAAUGGAGGGUGACCGGAAAUGAACUCCCCUCCUCUUCAUUACCCCGCUGUUCAUCCGGCAGUCCUGUGUACACCACAAAGUCAGCACAUUUCAUCUCCCUUCCUUCUGAAGACAGAAACAGGACUGCCUCACUUUCACCAAAAAUGCAUCCUCGUCAGGUUUCAUCUAGAUCCCCCUGCAUGCAUGCUGUAGUGAAAUCAGCUGACUCUCCCCCUCCAAAUUUGUUGCAGUCACACAAACCGUGGAAUUUGCAUAAUACAGAUAUAUCACGAUCUGCUCUGGCCAGCAAGAAUACUACCUCACUAAGACAUAGUCAGUCAUCCAUUUUGAGUCCAGGUGAAGCUGUGAAUGAUUCAACAGGGCAUACAGGAAGUGUAUGGAAAAAUAAGAAAAGGCACAGACAGAGUAAAGAGAUUACUAGUAGUACAGAACUCUCUGAGAGUGAGGAUGCAGAGGAACCUUUAAAGUUUUCUCAAAAAAAAAAGAAGAAGAAGAGAAAGAGAUCAGAGAAAGGUGACACACAUGUGCCUGAAUACCAGACUGAAAGAGUGUCAUCUCACUUAGACCAGCGAUUGGAGAGUGGUACUGAAGUAAACACACCAUCUAAAAAAGUCAGGGAGGGACAUUGGUCAGAUGAGCAAAUUGAUAGAAAAGCAUUGGUGGGAGAGGAUGUUGCAGAUAGCUGUGGAGUAACCAGGACAGCAGAAUGCAAGAAGAAAAAGAAGAAGAAGAAGAAGAAAAGGAAGAGGCAUUCGUCCAGAUCUUCACGUAAAGAGGGAUUAACAGAUACAGCUUUACAGAAAAAGAAAUGUACUGAUGCUUCAUUAGAUGAAGACAAUGAUGAAAAGUCUGCAAAGACAAGGUACUUUGGAUGGGGAAAAAAUGAAGCAGAAAUAGAUGCAUAUUCUGACCUAGGCAAUAUGCCCAGAAAGAAAAGGAAGAAAAAACGACAUCAGUGCAGAAUGGAAGAACCUUUGGAAGUGCCUCAGAAAAAGAAGAGAAAACUGGAGAGCCAAGAUACAAGUGAGGAUUUGGAAUGUACCCUUCCAGAUCUGCCCAUCCUGAAGAAGACCGAACAGACACAGGAUAACCAAGCACCAGUGUUUGUUUGGGACAAUUAUGCACGGGAUAAAUCCAGACAAUCUUCCAGUGCCACCGUUGAUGAGGCUUCAGAGCAGGAACCCAACAGAAAAUGGAACAAGUGUAACUGGGAUGGCAGGAAGGAGUCAAAGGUGGUACAAGAACUGCUUAAAUAUUCCUCAGACAAGGCGUAUGGAACUGAAGUUCGUACCUGGGAUGGUGCAGCUUCGUCAGUUACCCAUGAUGCUGUGCAUUAUGCAAAGAAUGCCAGAAAUUAUACUGUAAUCGAUGAGUGGGAUGAAGAAUUUGACAGUGGAAGGGUGAAAAAUAAUAAAAAGCCCAAACGGAUCAAGAGAAGGCAUUUUAAUUCCUUUCAGGAGGCACAGAACAGAAAAAAUUGCUGGUCCUCAGCUUAUACACAGAACAGAAGAAAUUUUGGUUGCUCAACUUACCCACAGUACAGAAGACAUUCCUGGUCUUCAGCUAACCCAGGAAGACAUGGCAGCAUGAGAUGCAGAUUCUAAAAAACAUUAAGGUGCAUUCCUGAAGCACAUCUUCAUAAGACAAAAAAUAUUCAACAUGGACAGAUCUCAUGAACUCUUAAUAUUUCAUACAGACAGUACUUGCUUUCCAGGCAAGAGGUUACAUGUUCGCUCAUCUCCUCUGAAAAUAAAAGAAGCUUCUGCACUAUAAAAAAAUGAGAGUAAACAUAGACAGUCAUCUAUAUACAUAUUGCCCCCAAAAGACUCUACUGUGUAAGCUGGCAGUUUGUCUUUUUUUUUAACCUCCUUCCCAGCUUAGAGAUCUUAGUCCUUUCUUACAUUCUUUGCAUUAUUUACAUAAGAGCAUCAGUUGUCAUUGGAAGCUUUGUUUUCAAAUGGAAGACCAGUAACACAUUACUACUGGUUACUAUCAUAAAUGUAAUCUUGAUAAAGCGUCUCCUCUUGUUGAA